AUGCUUCCGCUCCUCCGUGAGAUACGAGAUCGGUGCGUCUCACAGGAGUCGCUCAUUAGUAAUCCCUCCACCGGCCUCGUGCUGUCCUCCAACGGCCCUCAGCCUCGUCCUGCUCGUCACAGUAAUCCCUCCACCGGCCUCGCCCCGUCCUCUCCCGGCCGUCGGCCUCGUCCUGCUCACCACAGUAAUCCCUCCACCGGCCUCGCCCCGUCCUCUCCCGGCCGUCGGCCCCGUCCUGCUCGCCACAGUAAUCCCUCCACCGGCCUCGCCCCGUCCUCUCCCGGCCGUCGGCCUCGUCCUGCUCACCACAGUAAUCCCUCCACCGGCCUCGCCCCGUCCUCUCCCGGCCGUCGGCCCCGUCCUGCUCGCCACAGUAAUCCCUCCACCGGCCUCGUGCUGUCCUCCAACGGCCCUCGGCCUCGCCCUGCUCACCACAGUAAUCCCUCCACCGGCCUCGUGCUGUCCUCCAACGGCCCUCAGCCUCGUCCUGCUCACCACAGUAAUCCCUCCACCGGCCUCGUGCUGUCCUCCAACGGCCCUCAGCCUCGUCCUGCUCACCACAGUAAUCCCUCCACCGGCCUCGUGCUGUCCUCCAACGGCCGUCGGCCUCGCCCUGCUCGCCACAGUAAUCCCUCCACCGGCCUCGCCCUGUCCUCUCCCGGCCGUCGGCCCCGUCCUGCUCGCCACAGUAAUCCCUCCACCGGCCUCGUGCUGUCCUCCAACGGCCCUCAGCCUCGUCCUGCUCACCACAGUAAUCCCUCCACCGGCCUCGUGCUGUCCUCCAACGGCCGUCGGCCUCGCCCUGCUCGCCACAGUAAUCCCUCCACCGGCCUCGCCACGUCCUCCAACGGCCCUCGGCCUCGCCCUGCUCGCCACAGUAAUCCCUCCACCGGCCUCGCCACGUCCUCCAACGGCCCUCGGCCUCGUCCUGCUCGCCACAGUAAUCCCUCCACCGGCCUCGCCACGUCCUCCAACGGCCCUCGGCCUCGCCCUGCUCGCCACAGUAAUCCCUCCACCGGCCUCGCCACGUCCUCCAACGGCCCUCGGCCUCGCCCUGCUCGCCACAGUAAUCCCUCCACCGGCCUCGCCACGUCCUCCAACGGCCCUCGGCCUCGCCCUGCUCGCCACAGUAAUCCCUCCACCGGCCUCGCCACGUCCUCCAACGGCCCUCGGCCUCGCCCUGCUCGCCACAGUAAUCCCUCCACCGGCCUCGCCACGUCCUCCAACGGCCCUCGGCCUCGCCCUGCUCGCCACAGUAAUCCCUCCACCGGCCUCGCCACGUCCUCCAACGGCCCUCGGCCUCGCCCUGCUCGCCACAGUAAUCCCUCCACCGGCCUCGCUCCGUCCUCUCACGGCCCUCGGCCUCGCCCUGCUCGCCACAGUAAUCCCUCCACCGGCCUCGCCACGUCCUCCAACGGCCCUCGGCCUCGCCCUGCUCGCCACAGUAAUCCCUCCACCAGCCUCGCCACGUCCUCCAACGGCCCUCGGCCUCGCCCUGCUCGCCACAGUAAUCCCUCCACCGGCCUCGCCACGUCCUCCAACGGCCCUCGGCCUCGCCCUGCUCGCCACAGUAAUCCCUCCACCGGCCUCGCCACGUCCUCCAACGGCCCUCGGCCUCGCCCUGCUCGCCACAGUAAUCCCUCCACCGGCCUCGCCACGUCCUCCAACGGCCCUUGGCCUCGCCCUGCUCGCCACAGUAAUCCCUCCACCGGCCUCGCCACGUCCUCCAACGGCCCUCAGCCUCGUCCUGCUCGCCACAGUAAUCCCUCCACCGGCCUCGCCACGUCCUCCAACGGCCCUCGGCCUCGCCCUGCUCACCACAGUAAUCCCUCCACCGGCCUCGCUCCGUCCUCUCACGGCCCUCAGCCUCGUCCUGCUCGCCACAGUAAUCCCUCCACCGGCCUCUCGCCGUCCUCUCACGGCCCUGGAGCGCUGGAGGAGGAGCACGGAGUCGGUGUGUGUGUGAUUAUUCUGGAGCGCUGGAGGAGGAGCACGGCUUUAUGA